UUCAAUAAUUCAUAUCAUAGCGUAGACUGUCUUGUAAAUGGCUUCUUUGAACCUAAGUGGCGGCCUUCCAGGGAAACAGAGAUGAGGUACACAAGCCCUGCUCUUACGAUUCCGUCCUCGAAUCGAAUCCUGAGAUGCGAGAAAUAAUCAACGUUCAAGUUGGACAAUGUGGGAACCAAGUUGGUUAUAAAUUCUGGGAUUUAGUCUGUGAGGAACAUGGCAUAGACCGCGAAGGAAAGUAUAAAGGCAAUUACAACAAGCAAUUGGAAAAAAUAGAGGUGUAUUUCUCGGAAGGAUCAGAACAACGCUAUGUUCCUCGGUCCGUACUCGUGGACUUGGAGUCCGGUACUAUGGACACUCUAAGGUCGUCACCCCUUGGCCAACUCUUUCGACCUGACAACUAUGUUUUUGGCAAAUGUGGAGCAGGAAACAACUGGGCCAAAGGAUUCUACUCUAACGGCUGCAAUCUUAUCGAGGAGGUACUUGAUGCCUUACGCAAAGAAGCUGAGGACUGCGACACGAUUCAAGGCUUCAUGCUAACUCAUUCCCUUGGGGGUGGUACAGGGUCAGGAUUGGGUACACUUAUUCUAUACCACCUACAGGAAGAGUACCCGGACAGGAUACUAAGCUCGAUGAGCGUGUUUCCUUCGCCUAAAGUGUCUGAGAUAGUAGUGGAGCCUUACAAUGCGACGUUGGCUUUGCAGCAGUUGGUGGAGACGACUGACGAGGUGUUCUGCAUCGAUAACGAGGCGUUGUAUGAUAUCUGCUUUAGAACUUUAAAGAUUGAUACAACUACGUAUAAUGACUUGAACCACUUGAUAUCGAACACAAUGAGUGGACUAACGACAUGUUUGAGAUUCCCUGGUCAGCUGAAUGCAGACUUAAGAAAGUUGGCAGUAAACAUGAUCCCAUAUCCUCGCUUACACUUUUUCAUGCCAGGAUUUGCACCCUUAACAAGUCGUGAGUCUGUAUCUUAUCGUGCCAUAACUGUCGCUGAACUCACUCAGCAAAUAUUCGACGCCAAGAACAUGAUGAUUGCUUGCGACCCACGAAACGGUAAAUACUUGACAUUCACGGCAAUGUUCAGAGGAUUGAUAUCAAUGAAGGAAGUGGAAAACCAAAUGCUCGCCCACCAGAACAAGAACAGUUCGUUGUUCGUUGAAUGGAUUCCUAAUAACGCUAAAGUGGCAGUUUGUGAUGUCCCUCCAACGAAUAUGAAGAUGUCUGCCACGUGUAUCGCUAGUAAUACGGCUAUUCAAGAACUAUUUAAGAGAAUGCUUGAGCAAUUCACUGCGAUGCAUAAGAGAAGAGCCUUUGUUCAUUGGUUUACUGAGGAGGGUAUGGACGAGAAGCAGUUUUCUGAGGCUGAGAAUGAGGCAAGGGAUCUCAUAAGUACUUAUCAACAGUGCGAAAACCUGCGGGUAGAGACAGACCUCGAUGACCUAGAAAUUGAAGAAUAUGAAGUAUACGACGACUCCUUAGAAGCAUGGGACAGUCUAGAUGUAACGAAUGACUCACUAUUAAAUGACUCCAUCAAUGAAUAAGAAAGAUAAUCCCAGAUGUAUCUAAUGACGAGGAUGACCUCUGAGCCAUAUACUAGGCCACUAAUGCAAGAUGAAUAUGAAAUUUAGUCCUUACCAAGAAGCUACUGAAUUCAUUACUACUUCGAAUUCUUUAAAGGAGGUUUUAUAGGCACUUUCAAACUUGGCAUAGUGCCUUGCAAGAACUGAACGAUACACCCGCCAAAGAAAAUAAUAAAAUGGUCGCAAAAUUAAUGGAAAAAGAAAUGGGAAACGUCUGAACGAGAAUUCAACUAUGAAAAAGACAAUAAAUAAUAGGAUUUGAAUCAAUAUUUUUAAAUGCCACACAAAAGUAUUCCAUUAACAAUUUUGUCUUGGUUAGACAAUACGAAAAAAUUCAGCAGACUUUACGAGAAGGCAAAUAUACCUACAAAGAAUUUUCACAUGUAAAUGGACGAUUGAAGAUAUAAGAGAAAGACUUUCAAGGGUUUGUGCGAAGUUUUAAAGACGUUCAGCCAUGAGAAGAAAGCAAGAAUAAUUUUACUUUUUUGCACGACAUAAUUGAGUCAUAUUGCACUUGUUUCAGUUAGCAAGAGCAUAAAAAUGCAGCACGCUUCGCUCAACACUACAAUCAAUACCUGACUAGCUCAUUUUUUAUUAGGGCAAUCAUUGAUUUGUUGUCAUAGAUGGAUCCAAAACGAAUAUCGUUAUUAAUGCGCAAGUACUUUAUCUCAAGGCACACAGGGACUGCUGGUCAGUUGAUAUUCCUACUCUUGGCGAUAAAAUAAGUCUUGCGCAUUUCAUUGUUAAUACAAUGAGUUGAUUCCAUUCAUAUCAUUGCUCUGCGCUCCAAUAAUUAAUAAUGAAUAAAAUGCUUUUAUCAACAAAAAGUCUAUAAA